AUGGAAGAGUCCUCCAUGGAGAAGAGGUUAUACAUUGGUGAGGAAUUUGAAGAAAUGGACGAGAGAACUGAUGUUUUUUUGAGGGAUUUACUAAAGGGAAUGAAGAGAAAGGCUGAAGGUACUCUCAAAGAAGCACUCAACUUGAAGAGUAAGCUUUCUUAUAAAUCGAGUCCGACCCGAAUUCCUACUCCCCCCACCGCGACGUCAAGUCCUCGGGAUCCAACACCUUCCGUGAUGAAUCCUAAGGAAGAAUUCGAUGAGGAGAAGAGCAAGGUUGACCAGAAUGUGGAGAAGACUGAGGUGAAGGAUCCUAAGGAUGUGAAGGUCGAAGAGGAGAAGAGCAAGGUGAAGGAUCCUAAGGAUGUGAAGGUCGAAGAAUUCGAAGAGGAGAGCAAGGUUGUUGACCAGAAGGAGGAGAGGAAGGAUGAGAAGAUCGAUGUUGUGGAUGAUGAUGUGGCUGUGGAGGAUGAUGAGAAGAUGGAUGCUGUGGAGGAUGAUGUGGCUGUCGAUGAUGAUGAGAAGAUGGAUGUUGUGGAUGAUCUGAAAGUGAAGGAUGAGGAGAGUGUGGAUGAAAAAGUGAAGGAUGUGAAAGUGCAAAAAGGAAUUGAGAGUAAGAAGGUUGAAGAUGACAAUGAUGAUUUCAAGUUAUACAAUACUCCUCCUAAAGGAAAUUUUGGGAGGAGAGUGAGGAAGUCGGAAAAAGAAUAA